CGCCGGUACUCCUUGGCGAGUUCGCCUUCGAGCAGAGCGCCUAUUGGCUGGUGAGUGGAGCUGUGCGGGUCACGUGACAGCAGGCUUGCUGCGGCGCCGGUAGUGACGUCAGAUCGAAGCGGUGCGUCUGUGACAGAAGGCACCGGGAGGGCACGCUCGAUCCGAGGAGACACCGGGCAGUCCGAGCUCGGACACGGCUGUCCUCAGCGACCGAUCAGCGGCGGCCCCGGACGGAGCGACCCAGCGGCCGGCGGAGUAUCCAGCGCUGUGCGAACUGCUCCAUCAGCUCCCCGGGGAGGGGGACCCGUCAUGGGUGGCAGCAGCUCGAGGGCCCGAGGUUUGUGGCCCUUCUCCUCCCCAGGACCCGAGACCUCACCCAACACCGAGCAGAGCCUGGCACGGAUCCGCAAGGCCACCCCGUUCAUCUUUACCCGGCGCGGGUGAGGAGCGGAGGGGCAGCAGAGGGGGCGGUGGGGGCUGGCUGUGUCCAUGGCAGGAGCUGCUCACAGAGGGCGCACUGUGUGCCCUGCAUGCCAUGAAACCCAGGGAGGAUUAACUGGGGGUAACUGUGCGGAGCUGGGGGUGACUGUGCGGAGCUGGGGGUGACUGUGCUGGGGGUGACUGUGCGGGAGCUGGGGUGACUGUGCGGAGCUGGGGUGACUGUGCGGGCUGGGGGGAGCUGUGCGGCUGGGGGUGACUGUGCGGAGCUGGGGGUGACUGCGGAGCUGGGGUGACUGUGGAAGCUGGGGGGCUGUGCUGGGUGCAGGACUGUGCGGAGUGACUGUGCGGAGCUGGGGGGGACUGUGCGGAGCUGGGGGUGACUGUGCGGACUGUGCGGAGCUGACUGUGUGCGGAGCUGGGGGGGUGACUGUGCGGGCUGGGGGUAACUGUGCGGAGCUGGGGUGACUGCGGAGCUGGGGUGACUGUGCGGAGCUGGGGGGGGGGGUGACUGUGCAGGGUGGGCAGAGCUGGGGUUAACUAUGGCUGGUGCUGGAGUUUGGUUCUGACAUGCAGUGAACAUGAGUGCAUGAAGUAGUAGUGUUCUAGAACUCCUAGUGACACUUGGUAAGGCUGAGGAAGCUUCUUGAGAGUUGGAGUUUUAUUACAGUGUAAGUGGGCUGCCUUUUGGCCUCACUGCCUUACAUGCUCCCAUUGCACAUUGCCUGUUUCAUAUUCAAGUAAAUAUUGUAAACUAAAACCUUGACAGGGUCAUGCAUUAUGAUGUUUAAGUUGUUUUGUUUUAAACUAACAUUACUGUCCUCCACUCGGGAAGAUGUUUUUUAAAAGCUAGUUGGGUUAUGCCAGCCCAGUCAGAAAAGAAAGCAUUUUAUGUACCUUCUAUCCCCUGGCCUGCCUUUCUCACCGUGGGCGACGCUCAUCCUCUGGCUGAGAUUAUCACAAAUGAUGUUCUCAGCCAAUCCAAUGCUUCCUGUAGGGUAGCAAUAGUCACACUGUGCAAUCUGCAUCUUAUUGUAGAGAUGCAAUAACUCCAUGUAUCACUAUGGGAAACGUUAAAUGUCUCCAUGCAGAGUGUGGAGACCCUGAAGAGCGGUGAAGAACUUUAAUUGUGAAGUGCCUUUUUUUAUAGGCAAUGUCAACAUUAUCAGUUAGCAUAUCAAUGAUUCUCCUUGGGCUCUGGAUUCUAGAUACAUUUUAACCCCUUAAGGACCAAACUUCUGGAAUAAAAGGGAAUCAUAUGUCACACAUGUCAUGUGUCCUUAAGGGGUUAAAUAACCAAAAUUCAUCCAUGCUCAAUGCUGUUGACUCUACUUAAAGGACCUCUCUAGGCACCCAGACCACUUCAGCUUAAUGAAGUGGUCUGGGUGCCAGGUCCAGCUAGGGUUAACCCAUUUUUUUUUAUUUUUUAUAAACAUAGCAGUUUCAGAGAAAGAGAUGUUUAUGAAUGGGUUAUGCCUUCCCCCAAAGCCUCUAGCGGCUGUCUCAUUGUGAAAAUCACAGUGAGAGCACGCAAGCGUCCAUAGGAAAGCAUUGAUAAUGCUUUCCUAUGCGACCGGCUGAAUGCGCGCGCAGCUCUUGCCGCACGUGCACAUUCAGCCGACGAGGAGGAACGGAGGAGGAUCGGAGGCAGAGAGCUCCCCGCCCAGCGCUGGAAAAAGGUAAGUUUUACCCCUUUUCCCCUUUCCAGAGCCGUGCGGGAGGGGGACCCUGAGGGUGGGGGCACCCUCAGAGCACUAUAGUGCCAGGAAAACGAGUAUGUUUGUUUUCCUGGCACUAUAGUGGUCCUUUAAGUGGAAUUAUAGUGAAUGAUUAUGCAUGCUUCUUUUGCAUUUGAAUGAUAAAACAUAAUGCUUAGGUGGCUGUCUGUGGGUGUAUUGCAGUACAUUUUUUUUUUUUUUUCUGCUGGGUGAUUUGCAGCUUUCUAUUUGAAGUUAGAAAUGGUGCUGCAGGUUUUGCACAACUGUGAUGUAAAAAUACAAAAGCAUUUCAGUUUUUGGUUUAUUUUUUUUAAUGAUGCCCCACCCCCUCAAUGGGAGAAUUAACUCGCUUUAUUCCACAACAAAAAUAAGCAGCGGUUUGGCUCAGCAGAUAUUUGAUCAAACUUGACUUGACAGAGGUUUUGCCCAUUCAUAGUUUAGAAUAUAGUUCCUACAAUGAGCAAACUGUAGUGUGUGAGAAUGAUUGGCUCUCUAGCAUUCCAGAACUUUAUUAAUUUGGGUUUCCUUUUAGAAAUGCCCCUGGAAAUUAUUUAGCCUGUGUUUAGCUUGUGCUCAGCUCAGAAUCUAGUUUCACCCUGCUCUGGAUGCCAUUCCAGUUAACUGCUCAGAAUUUAUAAACCUUUUUUUCUGGUAUAUGCCCUAAUGAUAAUAAAAAUAAAGACUAACACCGCACAGCAGGGUUAACUGUGAGUACAUCUGAUAUCCCAGACUGUGGGCAGUGAAGCGUUGAUGGAAAUUUAACAGAAGAUUAUAUUUCUCCCUUUGUCAUCUUGCUUAGACAGGUUACUAGUUUAUGAUUAACAUUUGACAUCAAUUCUGCAGGUCUAAUUAUGUAUCUAGUUAAAUCAACAGAUCUGGCCAAAGUCCUUUCCUUAAUUAUAGGUAGAAAUACAUAAAUUUACAUGGAACACGUGUGAAGCUUUGGAAAUGGCUGUUAACAAUUUUAUUAUCAACAUCUUUGGAGUUGGGUUACAAUAGUUCAGUGUAACCCAUAAGUGCCUUCAACAGAUAAGGGAGAGCACCAAUCAGAACAGUCCAUAUCUGAUAAUAUAUUAAAUUAAAAUGGGGAUUGUCACUUGUUUGGAAUUUGCACAAUUGAAUUAAUGUUGAAAAUUGCCUAAACAUGUGUUAACUAUUUUUGUUGAUGAAGUACAGUUUUUUCUUUUAAAGGAACGCUAUAGCGCUAGGAAUAUAAAUAUUUAUUACGCACACUAUAGAGCCCUAGGGUUCAAAGUUAACUCCUUGAGAGUUAAUUACCUUGCUCCUGUGCGGCUGAUCCUGCCUACUUGGCUGAGAUAAUAGUUGUCAAUGAUUUCACUCCAUCCAAUGCUUUCCCAUAUGAAAGAUCUGGGAGGCUACUGCACAUGCACAGCCAAACACCAUACUGUGCCAAUCAGAUCGCCUCUUUGAGACUAUCUGAUAGAAAUAGUGGAGUUUUAAAUCACUAUUUCAUGGAAGCACCUCUAGUGGCUGUCAUAUGGAAAGUCACUAGGGCAGGUGAACCCUGCAAAGAAAACAUUGCCUUUCCUGCAGAUUGGCAAUGGUUUCAGCUGUAGGGUUAAAACAGGGGGGACAGGAGAUGAUGUGAUCUAGGUGCCUAUAGUUCUUAUCUACAUAUGUAUGCCUCCACUAUAUUCUGUGUAAUCAUUGUGUGGUGCAUGUUCUUUAUGUAUGUUUCCUUUUUCUACAGCUCCAUGUAUUUUGAUGAGGAUGGUGAUCUGGCCCAUGAGUUCUAUGAAGAAACAAUUGUGACGAAGAAUGGCCGUAAACGUGCAAAGCUGAAACGUAUUCAGAAGAACCUAAGACCCCAGGUAACUAGCAUGUUUAAAUGCAAAUCUUAGUGAAAGCAAACUGGAUGAAGGGAGAGUGGGGUGAUUUAGAGAAGGUCGUGGAAAGUCAAAAUAGAAGACUUGAGUGAAGGGGGACUGAGUAACAGAACUCUUUUCUGUCGCUCUGUGCUCUUAUGUCACAUAGAAAGUCAAGAGGUUGACAUUUGACUUACAGGGACCUUAUGAUGCAACAAUCUCCUUGGUUUGGUUAUAAGUCAAUAUUGGCAUUGCCUCUUCAUUGGUAUUUUUCCUUACAUUCUCCUGUUUUCUUUGCAGAUACAGACAGAUGACAGAUUAAUCAUCUGAUAGGAUUGUGAUAGGAUUGUAGAGGUCCACUGUAGUCUGUUUUAUUUAUUUAUUUAUUUAUUUAUUGGGGGGGGGGGAGGAUCUGUUGAAAACUUUUUACAAGCAGAAUAUCAAUUUAGAUAGGUGACUUGUGUGUCGCUGUGAUUUGCAAAGCAACAAAGUUAAGAUAAAUACUUACAUUGUCCCUGACACCCAACAGUAUUUGGAGAAUGUGAUGUAAUGUCUGUACAACGAACAGCGGUAAAAGGGAACAGUGUAUCUCUUUUAUGCCUCUGCAGAGUGUAGACCCAUCUACUUGCUUGCAGCCUCUGUUGGCUGUCCAGGUGAGCUAUUUAGGUAUCUUUUGACUGGUGUGGAUCCAGGUUAUAGAGAGUAUUCUCCUGAAUUGUAAUCCUUUAUAUUCCAGGGAAGUCCUUGAACGCAGGCACACCAGAUUAGAUACCCGAAUAAUUUUAGUGUUUAUUGUGGACUGGCUUUUUUUAAAUUUAUUUAUUUAUUUCCUGGUUUAUUUGGGGGUUAAUGUGUGGGGUUUUCUUUUUUCCUAUUCACAGAAAACUAUUCCAUCAAUUAUUUAUUUUAAGUUAUGUAUUUCUAAACAGGGCUUGCUAAACGUCAAGAUUCGCAUUACUGUGAAAAUUAAUGCCUUUGAUUUAAUUUAUUUUAAAACUGAUACAAAAAUAAAUAAAAAUCUUAAUAAUAAAGUGCAAUGAACGUUGAAACCUGAUUGUAAGUAUUUUAUACAGACUUGUUCUCCAUUCUCAACAGCUCCUAUAAAUGUGUCUAGAGGUUGGCUCAUGAAUUCUGUAUCCAUUUACUUUUUAUCAGUCCUUUAGGCAGGGUGUGGGAUUAAUUUUUAACCAGCAGAGAUUGAGAGAUUGGUUAACAAAUUGUUGCAAUGUAGAUAAACCCCAUCAAAGAUGGUAUUUAACAAGAAACGGGAUUCAGAAAUGAAAUGUGCAUUUUAUUUCGUUCUGGCACUCAGUGAUACUGUUCCACUUUUCUGGACUGAGGCACAAUUCAGUAAUACUAAAAUUUCCAAGGCACAAUCACUAUUUCGCCUUAACCCCUUAAGGACACGUGACAUGUCAUGAUUCCCUUUUAUUCCAGAAGUUUGGUCCUUAAGGGGUUAAACAGUCAACUGGUUGUUUGUUUAUAAUUACUGUAAAUGAGUGUCAUUCAAAAUAAAAAAAAUAAAAAAUAUUUGAAUUAUUUAUGGAAAGGCAUUUAAAAAAACAAACAGCAACGUUUUCAUGUUGAAGUGUGCCUGUGAGAGUUUCAAUGUUUAUUUAAAUAAUUUAAAAAUAAUGAUUCUUUGUCAUAUUGAAUGUUGAUAAUAAAUGAUGGGUUGGUGAGCAUGGGAGAUGCUGAGUAAAAUUUUUUUACAGGGAAUUAAAAGGGUUAACUAGGCCGGGUCCAUACAGACACUGGGAUAUUUUUUACAAACUCUCAUAGAUUUUUACAGGUGCAAACACGAUUAAGUACUCUUGCAAAUUCUCUCCUAUACAUUCUUACGACAUACCUCCCAACUGUUCUGGAUUUGAUGGUACUGUCCUAAAUUUAGGGACAUCUCCCACAUCUGUGGACACCAUGGAAUGUCCCCAAUCUACAUUGCCUAAGUACAUCAAAAUAUGUGCUCCAGCUAUGAAAAAUGCAUUUUGUGCUUUUAGUCCAGGCCUAAAAUGCUGCAAAAGCACUCUGUGCAUGGGACUGGGUUAGCAAGUAGUGCCACCUAUGUGCCAGAGGAGUGGUAUGUACCUACCACUGAUGUUGCCUAAGUCCUUUAUGCAGCAUAAUUCAUCUGUCUUACUGUUCCAACCUGGCUCAGCAUACAGUGGUCCGCACCAGCCCCACAAUACUAAGCCAAAAGAUGUUCAGGGAAAGUCUGUCUGCUGCAGGACAAUGGUUUAAAAGCAUUGCUAAAUUUGGAUCCAUGUCUUGCACCAGCAGGUCUUGAUAUGUUCCAUAUGUCUCCCUUUUAAAAAGGCUUCUAAAGAUGCAUCACUCAGCAUUAUUCGUGGAUAUAUAUUUAUUCCCAUUCAAUGUUGGAAAGUAGAAAUACAGCCCAGGCCAUGCACCUUUCCCCUGCCUGUGCGAAUUGUAACCACCUGCUUCCUCGUCCCCACCAUCCAGACAGUCAUUGUGACACUAUCUUAUAGGAAGUACUUUAAUUUGCUCCCAGGAGUGCUCCCAGACUGCAUGAUUCACCUUCACAGUGAGGGUUGAACAGUACAUCAAGGCACUGCAGAAAGUAGAAAACGGUCAGUUCACCAGCAGCCCUCAACUGAAACAGGUCCUACAAGGUGCAGGGAGAACUGCACAGACCACAACAAACAGCCAGUAAGACUAGCUGAGAAAUGUAUGCGGGGAGAGAGCAAGUUCAUCUCUACUCUUAGAUAAGAAAGCAUUAAUCAAUGAAAUUAACACUGCAGUGUCCCAGUUCUUGUCUGUAACUAUUAGGACUUUCAAUGUUAAGAGCAAGAGAGUACUGUGAACUGACAACAGCUCAAAUAACCUGUACUUCAGUGGGUCCCCGCUCAGAACUCCAGCUAAUUUUGUGCCAUUAAAAAAAGAACCAGGGUCAUUUGCAUAUCAGACUAAUCCCUUCCAAAAGGGGGGGGUCCAGAUCCAAAACGCAGGCCGGCUCUCUGCACAAGAGAUACAGCAUCCCCAGACGAUCGUUUCACCCUUGUUGGGCUCUCUGUUAUGAUAUGUCUGUAGGCACCGUAACCAAGGGGUACACGUCUAGAUUACCCUUUUAACUUAGGGAGAGCAAAAAACAAGAUACAAGAGAGUACUGUGAACAGACAACAGCCCACAUAGCCUGCCCUUCAGUGGGUGUUUAAAUGUUAAGCCUUGAUGUUAUGGAGUUGGUCAGCAAUGUGAGUUGAAAAAUUACUUAAUUUUUAUUUUUAGAAGCUUUUUGUUCCAGAGGUGACCUCCUGAUAUUUUAGUAUAAAUACUUUAAUGCUCCUCUGUUGAAAGCUGAAACUAAAUACAUUUUGUUUUCUUCCCAUACAGGGCACAAUUAAAUUAGACCAUCCGUGCAUCCAUGUGGACUUUCCUGUUGUACUAUGUGAAGUCUGAUGCAGGUUACCACCCCUGCCUGCCACGCUGUGCCCUGCUCCACAAACCUCUAUGACCCUCGCCGUACUCCUGACAAGGGGACAGGAGCCUAUAUUAAUAUGCGGGGAUCCACCAACAGUUCUCAACUAGAGAUCUAAGUGCUGCUUGUGCAGAGACACUGCCCCCGUGUGUGGUCGAGAGACAUGACCGUCCUAUGCUGCUACAACAAGCUGAAUGGUUGUCCACCUCACCGGGACCUUGCUAGGUUGUGGUCAUGUGAUAUUUUAUUGAAAUUCCUGGAGACAGUGUGAGUCGGUUAAUGGCUGGCUCCCCAAAGUUGAAUCCUCCCUCACUUUAGCCCUUACCAGAAGUGAGAGAAAGAAACUGGUCAGUUCCAGGAUGCCGUGCUGUGUUAGUCUAGACUCCUUUGCCCUGGACAGUUAAUACUGACCCACUUGGCUUCCUGUUGCAGUCCACAAUAGAAAAUCAUAGAUGAUUGGUGCCUAUGUACUUCUAGCAUUGGAUAAGCCAACACGCAGUUGAUUCCCCUCACCCCCUUAUUUUAAUAAAUUAAGCAUGGCAUGGUCUAUUGCUGUGUUAGGUUUAGCACCCCCAGUGCACAUACCGAUGUUAGAAUCCUGCACCCGUCUGCUUGUAUUAUGCUCUAACACAUGCUGGUGAAAUGUGAAAUUAUAGUAGGAUUUUUAUUAACCCUUAAUUAGCCAGGGCACUCUGCACUAAGAAGGACAAUCACCAAUGUAUCUCUGUGUCUAUGUGACGUAAUGAGUUUCUGGUAGGAGGUGCGAAGUCACGUCACUCCUCUAACAACUACAAUACAAUCAAGUGUGUACGUUUACCCUGUGCCAGGGCUCUUCCCAUCAAUGUUUAUUUAUUACAUGUAUGUUUUACUUUUGUGUUCCAUGUACGUGAGCUGAGAAACGCACCGUGCUGCUGUACCAAUCCUGGUACUGUUACCCCAUUCAUUCUAUGCCGAUGGGGCAGUGGCAGACUGGCAGCAUGGAAUGAAUGGCCCUCAAUAAAACUUAUGUUUCUAAAGCUGUGCUGGCUAUGUGUGCUGGUGAUGGGAAUCCAAGAGGUGUCAUGUUUAACAUAAAGCUAUCUCCAAACUAGAAACAAAAAACCCCUGACAAAGUAGGUUGGAUAUGAUGAUUUGUAACGGAGGGCAUAAGUGCCUAUCGGGGUGAAGAAGAAGAGGG